GUUUGCUGCAUGAAAAGAGAAAUGGCUUCCUGGGGUUCUAAGGUAGCAGCUCUUCUCAUUCUCCUGAACAUCUUCUUCUUCUCUUGUGUCUCAUGUAAUGGGGUUCCAUGCCCCCCCAAUACGCCUCCAGCUCCCACUGUCCCAAAGUCUCCUCCGAAGAAACCAGCUCCCACUGUCCCAACGCCUCCUCCGAAGAAAUCAGCUAAGUGCCCGAAAGAUACCCUUAAGUUUGGGGCGUGUGCCAACUGGCUAGGAUUGGUGGGGGAGGUUGUUGGGACUCCACCUAGCAGCAAAUGUUGUGCACUGGUGGCGGGUCUGGCUGAUCUUGAAGCUGCAUUGUGCUUUUGCACUGCAAUUAAGGCCAAUGUGUUGGGGGCUAUCAAGGUUGAAGUGCCUGUGGCCCUGACUUUGCUUGUGAAUGCAUGUGGGAAGAAGGUUCCUGAAGGCUUUGUAUGUGCAUAGUUUCACUGUCAUGGGGCGUACAAGUCCUUGGGAUUGCGGUUUUAUGUACUAAAUAAUCUUUAUUAAAUAAAGCAAAGCUUGUUUCAUAUAAAGCUAA